AUGGACCCCACGUUGGUUUCCGGUGGUGGCGGCCGAGACGCUGUCGUGGAACGUCUAUUUUGCUUGUUGCCUGAUUUGCAAGGAAAGCAACGCUUCUUGGGUUUGGAGUCCUCUGUUGACUCUACACUGAAUGCGCUAGUAGCCAUUGAGGCGGCGCCUCUAGACAUCUUGUACGCAAUACCCUGGCCUGGCUUUUGGUGGACUUGGGUGUCAGUCCGCUAA